GACCGAGAGCAACCAGGUCCAUAAGAGAACGUGCAAUCGCUUUUUAGCUCUGUAAGCCAGCGCAAUGUCCACGGGUGGUGCACAUUGGCAACUACGUAGCCAAUGUCCCCGGGAACGACUUGUCGGUUACGUACAUACGUUAUGUUCAAACGUGGACAUGGUUUUAUUUCGUGUUAUGUGCACACAAGUGUCGAGUUUAGAAAAAUCGAGCAGCCGGCGGCCAGCACCGAAAGGACCGAGGUCGCGGAGAUUACGCACACAAAGACGUGACACAAAGUAAAAGUUACGCGACAGGGAGGAGAGAAAAACCGAAAUUUCUCUUGUUCCUCGAGUGUUGUGGAACAACAGAUAGAUGACGCUCGAAGCGCGUGAGAGUUCAAAGCGAACGCGCUUGUAGACGACGAACAUCGAUCAGCUGUAAGUGAUAAUGACCGAUGAUGAUUGGGCGCGUUCGGACGAUAACAAACGCGUGACGUACCGGAUGCCGUGAUCGCCGGGUCAUCGUAAAUCUCAGGUGCUCGAGACGACGCGGACAUUUCGGAGCUAUGGGUUGAGUGAGAGUCAAAGCUUGAUGAACACGUAAGUUCUGACAAAUCGACGCGCGGAAAUCCGUCAACACGUGAUACGAGAUAAUAAUGUAUAAUCUUUCCGUGUGUAACAUUCUGGAAUAUCUUUGGAAAAGGAAUAAAGUGGAACAACCAGACGUGUCGCUUCUCAAAUGUUUUUGUUGUUUCUGAAAAUCUUACCACUAUGAGUAAUAUUGCAACGGAAAAGCUUUCACUGCAAUCAAUCCUGAGACUCAACAAUAAUGACUUCAAGGAGUUCAUUUGUGGCUGGGGUGCCGCUGUCAUCAACGUUUCUGUUACUUUUCCCAUUAACAAGGUCAUAUUCAGACAGAUUUUGGAAGGAGUGCCAGUUCGUGCUGCAGUCGGGCAAAUAUCACGAGAAGGAAUAGGAUUGUUGUAUCGUGGAAUUCUGCCACCUCUGUGCCAAAAAACUUUGUCGCUCAGUCUAAUGUUCAGCAUAUAUGAAGGUUGCAAGCAAAGAUUCUGUCUUAUAAGUAAAAGUGAGAUAUUGGCCAAAGUUCUGGCAGCAAACAUAGCCGGUGCGGCGGAAGCUGUUCUGAUGCCGCUUGAAAGAGUGCAAACGCUGUUGCAAGAUUGGCGAUAUCACAACAAGUUCAAGAACACUUCCCACGCUUUCAGGUAUCUGUUGACGAAUCACGGAGUAACCGAGUGUUAUCGCGGAAUGGUUCCUAUUGUGUACAGAAACAGUCUAUCCAAUCUGAUGUUCUUCACGCUGCGAGAUCAGUCAAAAGUGCUGCUGGGGGAACAGGAGUCGCUUCUGACGAACUUUGUCAGCGGCGCUUUGAUAGGCGGUUUCACCAGCACGGUGUUUUAUCCGAUGAACGUGAUCAAGAUACACAUGCAGAUGAAAAUAGGCGGCGACUUCGAAAAGUUUCUGGCUGUAACUCGCGAGGUAUACGUUUCCAGAAAUCGAAGUGUAACUUCUUUUUACAAGGGCGUGCAUUUGAACUACAUGAGGUCCUUCAUUAGUUGGGGUGUGAUAAACGCGUCGUACGAUUUCUUGAAGAGUAUAUUAUUCUAGAGACAUUUAAUAGAGAGGGAAGAAUAUAUAUUUAUUGAUAUUUUGGGAUUUGUAUUUUUCAGAGGGAAGACCUAUUGUAUAUAUAUUAGCUAUUUUAUGUAAUGUUAUAGGAAAAUUUUUCUCUAUAUAUGAGAGAGAGAGAGAGAGAGAGAUGAGUGUCGCGAUCGCACAUUUGUCUUGCUGCAAAAAAAUAUGCAGGAUUGCACACAAGAAGAAACUUUACCACUAUGUGUACAUAAAGAGCAACGCUCUAACACAAGCGUUGCAAGAACAAAUCGUAUGUUGUCGAACUAGGUUUCAUUUAAAAAGGAUGAGUAUUAAGUGUACAGGUGUAAUUGAUAAUUUUGUAACAAUCAAUUUUUUCAAUUUUUAUUUACAAACGCGCACACGACGAAAAAGCGCAUUUAAAGAGUUUACGCGAAUUUGAAUGCGAGAUAGAAAACGUGUGAGAUUUUAAAUAAAAAAAAAAAAAAAAAAAAACAUUCAGAUCAUAAACUAGGGUUGAAAAAUGGGCACUGAUUAUCAACGGUCAUCACCAGUUAAAUAAACUCAAGUUUUUCGUAAAAUUAUCGUAUUUAAUCAAAAUUGCUAAUUACAUAAAUCUUUUAAAAUUUCAAUCUUCGUGUAAAAUAUACAUACGUAGAUAGAAUACUUGGAGAUACAAUAAGAAAAUGACCAUGUACGUAUAAUAUGAUCUCGUACUGAGAGCUCGCACUGCCUUGUGCGCGCAAACGGCUGAUUUGUUUUAUCUUCGAUUAGGAGUAAGUGAAACGGUUUCUUUAAUACUCACACACACGCAAUACUACAAUUUAUUAGAUAAAAGAACCACCGAGACUGACACGUGUGAGCGGCAACUACUGCGUGCGUAAGUGACACACACGUUGAUAUCUACUAUAUGAUACAACGUUGUGACCCGAAGAUAUUCAACAAAAUAAAACAAUAAAAUGAUAUGCGACCA